UAUUGGUCUUUAUUAUUUGUCUCUUUUGAUCUGAUGAUCCUCUGAAGUUCACCUGCUCUGAGGCACAGGUUACCAUGGCGCUAUCCAAGGUUAAACAUGUGCCAGCUUUGUGAUUAAUCCUUUAAGGGUGGAGCUGUUGUCAAGACAUGACAGUCAGUGAAAGAACAAUCACUGAAACCACAGAAACCGUGUCAUUACAAAACAGCAGGAUUUAGACACAGACAAACAAAAGAGUUUUUUCUGAAGCCUUGGUGUUAAUUCUAUACAAACUUCUGCUGGACACCGAGGGAGAUGAAAGACAAUAAUGAAUCCUGAUAUAGGCUAUUGGGAUCUCGGCCCCUGGGAUCCACAGUCCUGUAUUCAGGCAAGUUGUGUUACCAGACACGGCUCCACUGACCUGGAAUUUCUGAUCCUCAAGUUUCUCAAUUUUACGCAACUUUCUGGGAAGUGAGACGAAAAGUUUUUACAUAUUUAUAGAUUUAAUUUAUCUAAAAAAGGGCUAUGUAAAACACACCGUACAUAUAAAAGACACUUUGUAUUCUUUUUUUACACUUAUCAUUAUUAUUAUUAUUAUUAUUUCUGAGAGUUCUGAAACAUGAACUAUAAGCAAAUAAAGAUUAAUUUUGUUCUGAAAUAAAUACACGAAUGAAUAGUACACGUAAAGUUUGAAAUAAACAGGUAACGGGUGAGUGAAGUGAAGACAUGAAUGUACAAACACAUAAAUUACAAUAUUUGUCUCAGUCAAAUAAGUGUAUUAAAAUACUGCUACUGUAUGUACCAAUAUAAUUUAAAAAAUAUGAUUACAUGAUUGAUUCCAGGGAGAUUUACUUUACUUAAACCAUUACAUGCCUAACUCUUAACCUUAACUUAAAAAAAAAACAACAUACAGCCUCGUCAUAAAUAGCAAUAAUAGUUUCAGUCAGUUUCAGAACACGUCCAUUUUUCCAUCUGUUAUUUAAAUUGACAUAAUUCAAUGUCUCUGUGUUUCUGAAAUUAAAUCACAGAACAAAUGAAAAAAAAAACAGAUUUUAAAAACAAGGAAACAUUGAAUCAUGUUCAGUUUUCACUCAUCCAGCAGCUAAAUUCACUUGUGGCUUCUUUCUACUAUUAAAAUGAAACAUUAUUCAGGGGGUUGGUCCCAACACUGUUGCAGAAGUUCCCACAGAUUUUUUUUUUGCACUUGCAGGUUUCUUUGCUCUCGCCUUCAGUCCAGUUCACCCCACACCAGCUCAUACCAGCCUCUGCUUCUGUUCUUCUGAUGUUUUGUGUCAUUAUCUUCAAAGCCCUGACCAACCAGUCCGUGUUUCUCUCCAUUCUUACUAUACCUGCAGUACAGUAUCGUCCUAAUCAGCAACAGCAUCAUCAACCUGUAGGAUAUUUUUUGCAUGAACUACCUUCAUUUACGACUACUUUCUUUUUUACCUUGGGCGGUUUAUCACUUACUUUGUACCAUUGAAGGUUCUUCACUGGACUUGAGCUGAUAUCAAUAAAACCUGGAAAAAUGGAGGUGUAAGACUAAACUGAACUAGAAGACUAAACUGAUGUAAAUAGGCGAUCAAUAGACGUGACAGUAGCCUACAGUCACUUACACAGUCAAUAUAAAGGGUGAGCUCUCUUUAGCAGUUACAAGUUUCAGUGUGUGUGUGUGUGUGUGUGUGUGUGUGUGUGUGUAGAAAAGUCCUGGGCUGAGCUAUCUGAUGCAUUCAGCAUACCUAUGACAUCACAUGAAUACCCCUCACACCUACCUCUGGCAAACCACUUUCUCCUCACGAAAGAGGAAGUCCAGGAAACUAAUUGCCCUUUCCAUUUCCUCAUGUUUUCCCAGGUAGGCUGCACCAGCUGACAAUAAAUAGGCUGCACGGUGAGCAUGAUCAAAGCAAAGCGGAUCCCCUUGUUGACAGUCAGUCAGUCAGUCAGUCAGAGGACACAGAGAAACAGAGACCGGAUGGACAUGAAGCAGGUUGUCACCUUCUUACUUUUCCUCGUGCCCUUGUGGGCCUGCAAGACGCACAAGUGCUACGAGGACCACGAGCUGAGCGAUGCGGCGAACAGGAAGCUGAUGAGCCACUACCCGCAGCCUCCGGAGCCCUUGAGUACCGCGGCAGCCGACACGCCUUCCUCUUGUCCUCUGGCGCUUUACGAGCAGCAGCUGCCUCAGCACAUCAGCGACAGAUCCGUGUCCCCAUGGAGAUACGUACUCGUAACUAUGAAGGAUCACUUUCCCUCCACCUACGCCGAGGCUCAGUGCCUGUGCUCAGGAUGCAUCCUGAUCCAGGACAAGGCUCCGCCACAGAUGAGCAACAACUACAACUCAGUCCCCAUAAAGCAGAGCAGGGUGUUUCUCAAGAAGGAGCGCUGCUGUGACGAAGACAAAUACUACCUGAGGCCAGUCAGAGUGGAGGUUACUGUGGGCUGCACCUGCGUCAGAGUCAAGAGCUCAUAGAGGGGACCCGGCGAGACCUGCUGGCACGGUGGCACUCUACAGCUCCUUUGUGUUUGUUUUUAAAUUGAAUAAGUUCUCUGGGAAGUGUAACUCUGGGGUGUCCUCCAGUGUGUGAUCAGUGAGCACACGUCGUCAGUGGACUGUUGGGUCAGAGACCGUGGUGCAACAUGCUCUCUGAUGGGAGUUUAAGGGAUCAUUCAGCAGCCUGUGUUUAUGGGCCUAUUUAUUGUCAUAAUGACAGCAUCAUAAUUGAUGCAUCUAUCAUUUGUGUUAUGUAGGUCUGUGUAGACCCUGUUCGCUCUUUAUUGACUUGUUUACACCUAUGCAUAAUGCAGCUAAUAUAAACUGGGUAUUUUACAAUGUACUUGUUUUCAUACUGAUGGCUUUGUCAUCGAGGAAAAUGGCUAUUGUAUAGUUCUGUAGAGUAAUAUUUAAGCGCUAAUAUUUGAAUAAUUAUCUAUUUAUUUGGUUUGUUUUGCCUAUGAAAUGUUUGAAUGAGUGAAGGGUUUAAAUGCUCAUGAGUGGAUGAAGACUAUUUAUUUAUGUAUCUUUUAGGUUUCGUCCCAGUGGGACUUUAUUAGUCUAAUAAGACUUCAGAGUUAAGCUUCUUUGAAGCCAAAUAAAGAAAUGGAAGUUAA